AUGGCAGUUUUUGGAAGUACUGAAUAUGAUUUCCAGAGAUUUGGUAGUACAGCCAAUAUACCAAAUGCUGAUAUUGCUCGAAUCAUGUACUACUUGGAUUGUGUAUGCACUGUUAUUGAGUAUAAUGAUAAUGAUAUUCGUCGAUAUCGGAACUAUUCAAAUUGGAGAAAUAUGUCGGAUGAAGAAGAUCGACUAAUUUUUCUACUGGCCGCGACACUUUCACCAGAUGAAUUAGAGGACAAGGUCUUUUUCAAUGUACCAGACCUCUGCCCUGAUAGCACUAAUGCAUUUUAUGAAAUAGGUCAAGUUAGACGUCAAUUAAUGGUUGUUCAAUCCAUUGUUAUUGGUGGUCAAUCACGACAAGUGAAAAAAAUUAUGGCUUAUAAGCAGGUUUGGAUGCGUGUACAUUACUAUGAGCCAAUGCAACGACUCGCAAAUCGAUUUAGGGCAGAAAGGCAGCGCCAAGAGGCACUAAUGAGAUCAGCGGCUUGUACUAUUUCCUAAAGACAACAGUUUUACAAUAUGUUUCUGGAGCGGCUUGUUUUUGAACUUGAAGUUUUUUUAUUUCUAAAAGACAAUUUUCAAUUAAUGUUGAAAUAAAAGAAGAGCUUCGAUGAAAUACUGAUAUGAUAUAUAUAUAGUCACCUAAAGCGAAAAUUGACACCAAGAAGGUGUUUUUGAAAAAUAAAUCAUAUACUAAAUCGGCUAGCGAUAGGACAGGUUGUGAAUUGAGAUUUUUUGCGACUCAGCCUGGCUUAUCUGAGGCUUUAUAGUUUCUCACAUUUUUCAAUACUAUAGACGAACCAGAUCUCAGCUAAAAACUAGACGGUGCUUUCUUCAUUGAUAUACAGACCAAAGAUCCAAACGAAUAAGAAAAUCCAGAUUCGAUUAGACCCCAGUAAAAAAAAUUAUCAUUCGAUACAAUUCGGAUCUCUGCUAUGAAUUCGAUUAAUUAAAGCUUCUGUUUCUUUAACUGCCAUUUUUUGACCUCCUUUGAUAUGUUCUCUUGCCUCUCAUUUAGAAUUUCGAUAUAUAUAUAUAUAUGUCAUCGGAUCAUCCACAUAUAAAGUCUUCACUAGUAGCAAAUCGUGUUCGUUGAUCAGUCAAUUAUUUAUCAUCUUCACUGGUACUUUUGUUAUUGAAUAUAUGGAGUGAAUAUUUGUGAAAAACAAGAUUGUUUUAUCUGUUAAUAUCUAAAUAUCAACCAAAUACUAAUAGUCGUAAAUAAACAUAGAUUCGUUUGUUAAUGAUCGAAGAGUUUUGAUCGUAGCCAAGCUAAUGAACUUACAUGUGUCGAUAGAUCAAUGAAAACCAAUUGAACACUCGUGAGAGAAUCUAAAAUGAAGAACUAACCACGAUUUGCUUACUUCUACACACAAAAAAGUCACAAAGUGAAUUUUGCUUAAGACUCCUUAUUCAGUGUUUUUUUUUAUUUGAGGCACUUAGUGCUUGGCAAUAAGCAAUACUCAUAAUGUAUCUUUGUAGUAUAUCACUGCCAUCUCAUGUUGAUCUAAUUCCUCUAGCAGAUCAUUCAAUAUGCAUGAUAUCUCUGGGUUUCAUAGAGCCUGUUUAAUACCAACCACUAUAGGUAAGUCUCUAUUGGCUGCUACUCUUCAUUUAAGUCUUCAAAUGCAUUAUUCUUUUGUCAACGCACCAAUUCUAAAUACAAGAUCAUUUGUGAAAAGAACUUAUUGUUCAGCUAAAUUCGAAAUAAUUAGUUAGAUCAAUUUUAUGAACAUAUGGAAAUGCCGCUACAUCUUACUAAAUGCGUGUAUCGAUUUUGUAUGUGCAUUUGGGUAAAGAGAAGAACUACAAGCAUACAUCCAUUCAUCGAUACACAUACUCUUAUCAACACACGUGAUUGUAUGACACAUAUUGACAUGCUUGAUAAGCGAGUUUUUGCAUUUGAAGUCACAAGAAAAGACGCAAUAGCAUAUUUGUCAGAAUAAAAGAAUUUCAGUUUUUUUUUCGAAAGUACUCUCAAUAAAAGGUGAAGUAUUUUGUUUUGUCGGAUUUUUUCCAAGUAAAAAUUAUCUUUCCAAGAUAGAAGAUAUGUCUGA